AUGAGCAGGCAAGAAAACGUCACUUUUCAUCUCAACGACACCCUGAACUCCCACGGAUACGGGCGGCAUUCAGUCUCUCGAUAUGCACGCCAUCAAGCUCGCGAGUUUCAACCCCACGCUCGCGACCCCUCCUCUUCUUUGAGCUUCGUCACUGACGGCAGGCGGCAGAAGACGGCAUGGCGUAACCAUGGGGCAUCCAAGACUAUCUUGAACUGUUUCUCUGGUUCUUUUCUUCAACUUUCUGGGUCAUCUGCCGCUAUCCUGCUAUCUGCAAAGCGCCCGCCCAUCAAGAACCCCUCGGGCCCCCUCGUCACUCACCUUGAUGGGUGUGAUCCUCGGUGGUCUAAAUCACCGAGCCAAAGUGGAAAAUCGGUUCCCGAUAGCUUGGAAUUUCAAAGCUACAAGAAAAAUCCAACCCUUCUCUUGCGUUUGGAGAUUGUCAUUGGUUGUCCCAAAAUCGACGAAAAUUUCUGCUUCAGCCCUCGUCCCCCCGUACGAACAACCGGCGAAAGCUCUUUUGCCUCUCUCGGCCAGAUACACACCAAUCGCUUCCACAUCCCAUCCCACGCAUCCAUUGAACACACCGUGACUGCCCAGGCCACACCGGGCAGGAACCCUUUGGACGCCGUCCCGACGAGCACCACGAGAGACAGGGCCCAAAGUCCAGAACAUCGCGUAAACGAGGACCUGAGAGGAGUUGGAGGGGCGCGCGCGCGGCCGUACUGUACGCAAAAGUCGAAAAGUCGCAGCAAACCAACGAGAGACGAAAGAACCAUGCUUUCCGAUUAUCGGACAUCCUCAACCUGGCCCACGGGAAACGCUCUCAUUAGCCUCUUCGCACUUUGUCCCCCCUUUUUCCCACGCCCGAAGCUUUUCCACAUGAGGCUCAAGAGGCUAGAGCUAUCCCGUCUGCGGACGACAAUGGACGGGCAUCGUGGGCCAGCCACACUGGGCACACGGGUGGGCGCGAAAGACGAUCUCUGGUUCGCACAAUGGGGAAGGGAAAAAAUUGACUGCACACCAAACGAACGGCUCCCGAUGAGUCUUAUCUAUGGAGCAUCAUUCCAUGCGGGCGGGCGGGAAGCGGAGGCUUGCGGAGGAUAG